AUGUCUGCGGAGAAAACCCAAUCCUUUGAUAACAUUUCCCACCCCUAUCUCUCCAAUCCACCACACAAUCUUACAUUUGAGACUGUGAUCAAUGAGCUAGGCACAAACUCGGAAGAUGGUCUCACCACAGAGGAAGUCAAGAAACGCCUUGAAAUAUAUGGCGAGAACAUCCUGGAAGGAGGCGAAAGCGUCUCCUUCGCAAAGAUCAUUAUUCGCCAAGUCGCCAACGCAAUGAUGCUUAUCCUCAUUAUCGCAAUGGCAGUCAGUUUCGGAAUCCAAUCCUGGAUCGAGGGCGGAUUCAUCGCAGCGGUCAUCGCUCUCAAUGUCGUCGUGGGAGUCUACCAAGACUUCGCCGCCGAGAAAACAAUGGACUCACUCCGCUCCCUGAGUUCACCAACAGGAGUAGUAACUCGCGACGGAGAGACUGCCACCGUCCCCGCCAACGAAAUCGUCCCUGGCGAUAUGGUCGAGCUCAAAGUCGGCGAUACCGUCCCUGCAGAUCUCAGACUGGUCGAAGCCUUCAACUUCGAAACAGAUGAGGCCCUCCUCACAGGCGAAUCCCUACCAGUCCAGAAAGAAGCCGAAUCAACAUUCGACCCAGACACCGGACCAGGAGACCGUCUCAACAUCGCCUAUAGCUCCUCAACCAUAACCCGAGGCCGCGGUCGAGGCGUGGUAGUAGGCACAGGCAUGAAGACCGAGAUCGGCGCCAUCGCCGCCGCGCUCCACGGGAACGACUCCAAGCGCCGCCCAGUCAAGCGAGGCCCAGAAGGUGAGACCAAGAAGCGUUGGUACAUUGAAGCGUGGACAUUAACCACCACGGACGCGAUUGGGCGGUUCCUCGGUAUUAACGUCGGCACGCCACUGCAGCGCAAACUGUCAAAGCUUGCACUCCUCCUCUUCGGGAUCGCAGUUAUUUUUGCGAUCGUGGUUGCGGCGGCGAAUGACUGGCGCGGAGAUAGUGAAGUCAUCAUUUAUGCGGUUGCGACUGGAUUGGCUAUGAUUCCUGCUUGUCUUGUUGUUGUUUUGACGAUUACCAUGGCUGUAGGGACGAAACAGAUGGUUCAGAGAAAUGUUAUUGUUCGGAAGCUGGACUCGUUGGAGGCGUUGGGUGCUGUUACCAAUAUUUGUUCGGAUAAGACAGGGACUUUGACGCAGGGUCGAAUGGUGGCUAAGCGGGCUUGGAUUCCUUCUGUUGGGACUUAUUCAGUUGGAUCUUCGAAUAAACCUUAUAAUCCCCAGGAAGGGGAUCUGAGUUUGACAGCCGAGUCGCCGAUGAAGUUGCAUGAUUCUAAGGGUGGAAAUCUCAUGAGUCCUGAUGACUUGAUCAAGGAUAAUGAGUUCCAAUCCUUCCUCAAUGUCGCUGCUAUGGCUAAUUUGGCUCGGCUGCAUGAAUCUGCUCACGAUGGCUGGCAGGCCCGUGGCGAGCCAACAGACAUCGCUAUUCAGGUGUUCGCCUCUCGCUUUGACUGGGGUGUUGAUCGCUGGACAAAGGGCGAUAAGCCGAUCUGGCAGCAAAAGGCUGAGUACCCCUUCGAUUCGACAGUGAAGAAGAUGUCAGUCAUUUUUGCCAGGCAGAAUGCAGGUGCGGAUCAGUCAGAAGAGAUGAUUUUCAGCAAGGGAGCUGUUGAGAGGGUACUCGAGGCCUGCACGACUAUCAAGUGGACACCCGAUACGCCGUCCGUGCCUUUGGACGAGGAAAUUCGCGAUGAAAUCCUGGAGAACAUGGAAGCGCUCGCAAAGGAGGGCCUAAGGGUUCUCGCGCUCGCCGGUCGUGAACAUCUCCCCUUCAGCAACACCGAAACUCCUCCACGAGAAGAGGUUGAAAAAGAUCUCGUCUUCUACGGAUUAAUCGGUCUAUACGACCCCCCUCGCCCCGAAACUGCAGGCGCAAUCAGCCAGUGCUACAAAGCCGGCAUCUCCGUCCACAUGGUAACAGGAGACCACCCAGGCACAGCACGCGCGAUCGCUGCCCAGGUCGGAAUAAUUCCAUCAAACAUGGAAACGGUCGCAAAAGAUGUCGCCGACGCGAUGGUCAUGACAGCAAGUGAAUUCGACAAAUUAUCCGAAGACGAGAUCGACAACCUCCCCACUCUCCCAUUAGUGAUCGCUCGAUGUGCCCCGAAUACUAAAGUCCGCAUGAUCGAGGCUUUGCAUCGUCGUGGUCGCUAUGUGGCGAUGACGGGUGAUGGAGUGAACGACUCUCCCUCGCUGAAGCGUGCCGACGUGGGUAUUGCCAUGGGUCAGAAUGGAUCGGACGUUGCAAAGGAUGCGUCUGAACUUGUCCUGACGGAUGAUAAUUUUGCUUCAAUGAUCAAUGGGAUUGAAGAGGGACGUCGAAUUUUUGACAAUAUCCAGAAAUUCAUCCUGCAUCUCCUGGCUGAGAACGUCGCGCUUGCUUUGACUCUGCUUAUCGGUCUGGCGUUCAAGGACGACACUGGCCAGUCUGUUUUCCCGAUCGCCCCCGUUGAGAUUAUUUGGAUUAUCAUGAUUACUUCUGGUCUUCCGGAUAUGGGCUUGGGAAUGGAGAUUGCAGCUCCAGAUGUGAUGGAUCGACCACCGCAAAGCAAACAAGGAAUCUUCACCUGGGAAAUCAUUAUCGACACCCUAGUCUACGGCGUCUGGAUGGCAGCGCUCUGCCUCUCAGCAUUCGCACUAGUCAUGUUCCGCUGGGGCGACGGCAACCUAGGCGAAGGCUGCAACACGCAAUACAACGACCCAAGCAAGCCAUACAGCUGUGACACGGUAUUCCGAGCCCGGGCCACAACGUUCACCUGCAUGACCUGGUUCGCACUCUUCCUUGCCUGGGAAAUGCUGGACCUGCGCCGAAGCUUCUUCUGUAUGCAACCCAAUUCCAAGCGCUACUUCACACAGUGGAUGCACGAUGUCUGGCGCAAUCAGUUCCUGUUUUAUGGUAUUAUCACAGGAUUUGUGCUUGCUUUCCCCAUUCUCUAUAUCCCCGUUAUCAACCACAGCGUGUUUAAACACACCGCUAUUAGCUGGGAAUGGGGUAUUGUGUUUGUGGAGACUGUUCUCUUCUUCCUUGGUAUCGAGGCGUGGAAGUGGUGUAAGAGGGUUUAUUUCCGGCGCCAAGCUCACAGGGCGGAGAAGGAGGGUGAGGUUCCGCGGGAUGAGAGGCGUAGACUGAGGGAUUUCAGUCGUCAACCUACUAUGAGUCGGUCGGAGACUCAGGCUACUGGUGAUAUGAAAAUUGAGCAGUCCAUGGUUUGA